AUGGGUAAAGGGCUCGCCAGAUUGAUUGGCUCGGGCAUUGGCUUCACUUCUGAAGCAAUCCAUGCCGCCCGUCGCCAAAAUACAGACUCUACAUCUACCUCCAACUCCGAGACCCCUCGCUCUCUUCCUGGUACGGAGAAGGAGGAUGACCAGUACGUCGUUGCCGAUAGCGAGCGACCCGACGCCUUCCUCGACCGCGAGAUCACAAAGCGAUCCAACGAAUCGAAGGUCCCGGGGUACUCGGAGCUUCCAGUCGACGACCAAACCCAAGAAUUUGCCGAAGAACAGCGAGAGAGCCAUAAUGACUACGUAGAUGGAGAAGAAAACGGCCCAGCCUACUCCAAGGGCGAUGUAGAGCGCUCAAUGGACGAAGAUGAGGCCGCCUGGCAGCUGGAUGAGGCCGCUGAGCAGUGGGGAUUGCCGGCGUAUGAGGAAGAUGAAUAUUUUUCUGGUGAUUCUGCUACUCAGAUGAACCACGAGGUAAAUCCUGAGAGUGAGCACGCUCCAAUGACUGAGAAUGACUUCGAGGAAACCAAGGAGAAGAAGCGAGAUGCCAUGGUUCGCGCCCUUGUACAGAUGGCUGGACCACCUGGACCGGUGCGACGGCUCCCUUGUCCUGUUAUCAUCCCUCAGAGGAGACCUGGCGCGAAGAAGCGUGGAUUCGUGCGUGCAUAUGCGCCUGUGCUGGCCGAUUGUGGUAUCAGCCAAGACGUCUUCGUGAAGUUCAUUAGUGACUUUCACAAAGCUAGUCAGGCAUCCUUAUGGCUUCAGGUCAUCGUUGUCGCUGCCAACGUAACCGGAUUCUCCCCUUCAUUGACUGUCGCGUUAACAGCAGCUGCCAUUCAAAUCGUAGCCGAAACAGCUAUGCAAUUCCAAAUCCGCCACCGCACCAACAGCUACCUCGACAAGGUGAACCAAGAGUUGUUCAUACCCCGUGGCCAAUAUGCUAUGGUUAUGAAAUUCAAAGAACGUAAUCUUAGCCAAAAGCAGGAAUCUUCGGGUUCAUUCUCUGAUAUGCUUGGCGGGCUUUUCUCCACCGAGAAGGUCGAUGUUAGCCAGUCAGGUGUGAAGUCCGAGGUUGAUCCAGCAUCGACCCAGCCUACCACAAGUAAUAUAUUGGAGUUCAAUGCAGCCGCGACAAUCUCAAAGUUCACUCAUAGCGAGGAGCACCCGGAGAUGAAUGCGUGGACAAAAAAAAUGAAACACUAUCGGGAUGUCAGCGGUAGGACUCAUGGUGCGCUCGAGCUUCCAGAGUGCGCACCUCUGAUCUUCCCAGACAUUGAUCGAGCUGCGAUGCGGGUGAGAGAGGGGGAAGGAGCCCAAGUCGAAGUUCCAAAGUGGGAGGACUUGGCUGAUCACAAAGGAUCUGCUUUAGCGGUUUCCGAGUCCGGAAGAAAGGCCUUUAAGUCAAGAUACAAUGAUCCCAGCCACCCAGCAAACAACGGCAAGCUCCUCUCGGCACUUACCGGCGGAUUGUAUAAUCCUAAGCCUGGUCUAAUCGAGCGAGCUGGAAUGGCCAUCAAAGAAUCGCAAGAUAAGAAGCGAGCUGCGCAAGGACUGCCGCCUAGUGAGCCCUGGAAGGAUAAGUUGCGAAGGAAGAAGAAGGAGCAGACUGGGCGGCUUAAGAUCCUCCAGGAGGAUGUGAUCUAUCUGAUGAUUGUCAACAUGCCUACGGAGGAAGAGCUCAAGGAGUCAGUUGCGGAGCUGAGGCAUCUCAUGGAGACUGAGGGGCGGACUCUUCCACCCGGACACUCUCGACGGUAA